UUACGUCGGAGUUCAGUGGAGCGCGCAGAGCAUGGGAUAUGAAGCAACGACUGCAUUCCAUAAUUGUUGCUCAGCUCAGUCGCGCAAGGAGUCCUAUCGACUUAUUUUUCUGCAAUGGGACGUCCAAAUGAACGACAGCGUAGCAAUUAUCCAUCCUUCGUGGUCUGAUAUGUUGCAGAUGUGUUAUUCCAAACUGGAAAUUAGUAAACGUAGCUAGCCAAGACAAAUAACCGUUCUCUUUUUACUUUAAAAAUGAUCUCUUAUGCUUGUGCAUUGUGUGUUUUAAGUGACGAUGAAGCUGGUAACAUUGUAGCAGACAUCACAUUAUAGCUUUGGAUCAAAGAAUGGAGGUUGUGCCACCUAUAAAGGGUAUGAAGUGAGAACAAAUAUUUCAUUGAUCGCCCAUGUCAGCUGGUAGCUAUGGCAACCUUGAUAGAGGCCGCUAAGACUGGUAACCUAACCCAGGUCCGUCGGAUCCUGUGUGCAGGACGGACUGACAUCAACUGCAGGGAUAGCGAGAGGAAAGGAACACCACUCUUCUGGGCUGCAAAUGGUGGACAUGAUGAGAUUGUGGCACUGCUGCUGGACAAUGGAGCGAAUAUAGAGAUACCGGUCAAGUAUGGAAUGACCCCUCUCCUGGCCGCAGUGGACAGGAAACAUCUCACAACGACGAAGCUACUGUUAGCCCGGGGGGCAGAUGUCAACGCCCAGAGCCAGAAUGGAGACACCGCGCUGCACCUCGCAGCGUACCGGGGCUCUAGUCAUCUCUGCAGGCUGCUGCUUGAGUUUGGAGCCAGCAAAACUUUCCUCAAUAACACCGGCAAGACGGCCCAGCAAGGGGCAGACGCCGCUGGACACGAGUCCAUCUUCAACCUCCUGGCACAAGAGACUAGUCACAAAGCUGUUUGUCGGAGUUCAUCCCUCCCAUCGGCCUAUCAAACCGACGGUCCUGUUGAAGCCAGCUGGAGAGAGCCGAGAGUGGCCAGUGAGAGUGAUGAUUCCCCGUUCUUUGACAACGAUGAGGAGUGGAACAGUCUUCAGCGGAAGCUGUCAAAGCCCCCCUUGCACCAUGUCAUGGCAAUCGGGAGAGACGUAGAAGUAACCAGAUGUUACUCGGCUCAACAGUUGGACAAAGUUGGCAGAAUGUCUCCACCAUCUAAUCAACACAGUGUUCCUCACAAAAAAAGUCCCCAUCAUCAUCUCAUUGACAGCUCAAGACCCAUGCGUCGUGGUUCGAACCCUGAGAUGCAAAGAGAGUGUAGAGGGCAGGGUCCUUGCAAACAUGUUGGUGAGGCUUACUUCUCAAGGGAUCUGAAACAAGACAGGAGAUGGAGUCCUCCGUUGCCUAGGCAACAUUCAGAGGGCGCUCCUGUGGGGCAAUAUCAUGGGUUUCCGGUGCAAAGAGAUGGUCAAUUGAGGUUUCAAGAGUCGUCCGGAAAUGGCUUCAGUUACAAAACAAAUAGACAGCCUACAAGGCAGCUGCCACAUCAUGAGCAUUCGAUUAGGAGAGAUAUCAGUACCGGUUAUAAUGAAUCUUUGCAAAAUGUAGAUGUUACCCAUCGAUUGAGUCCUGAAACACCCAGGAGGAAUCCUGAGGUGAGGGAUGUUUACCAUCAGCAAAUGGGAUCGUCCAGGAGGCUCGGAGAUGAACAUAUACGACAUCCAGGAAUUUUAUCAACUGCAGGUAGUGCAACGGCGAAUAAUGGCCACAGUGGACCUGAUAACCAUGUGCAGUGGAGUCCUGACAUUCUGAGUGGCCACAGGGAUCACCAGAAAAACUCUCAGGGAUGCUUCACGAUUUCUGAUCACUCCAAUGACCAAGGAUCGCAGCGUCAAAGACUGUUGCAAGAUUCAGGUUCCGCUGCAGUAGGGUACGGACAAAGAACUCUUGGAAAAAACAAUCUGCAGAAUGUUGAGAGGGAUAUCAUGGACGCUUCUGGUGGAGAUCAAAAUUCAGAAGUCAGGCAGCUGCAUUCUGUCAUUGAGAAAUUGUUAGAGGAUAAACUGAGCUUGAAAGAGCAGAAUCAGAUGAUGGGGGAGAGAAUGAAUCGAUUAGAGUUGGCACUGGAUGCUGCUCUUGCUGCGGACUCCAGCUCUGAGGAAUCGUUGCAGACAUCAUCAGAUUCUGACCUGGUCCAGGCUCUAGCCAAAAAGUUGGACUCAAAUUUGGGGAGUGGAAAUUUAGAACAGUUGUGUUUAAAACUGCUGAAUGAUAAUCAAAGACUAAAUGCACUUCCAGUGUUACCAGGUAGAAGAGACGACUAUGUCAUUGACUCAGGGGAGAACAGAGGUCCUCAGGAUUAUACGAUUGACGGGAGAAACAGACCAAGCACUCCAUCUAGGAAUUCUGACCUCAAACCUGAAAGUGGAAAUGAAUACUUGAGUAUCAGGAGUCCUUCAGAGCGAUCAACCAGUUCAUCAUCGCUGUCGCCAUCAUCAGAAUCAUCCUCUUACGAUUACGGAAGUGGUUCCGACUAUGGAGCUUCCUCAAAAAAAUUGUCGGGUGACAAGGAGAGUGCCCAGACGGAAAGGACAUCGGUCAAGCAGCCGACAUUGAGCAUGACCUUCACCAGGGAGUGCUGGCGCUCUCUGAACUCCAGUUACCCCAAAGUGGCUUUCCACAGCGGGAACACUGCUAGCACUGCCACGAAGGUUGCCUCCCCAAACAGAACUGAGAACAUAAAAAGGGUCCUGCAGGCCAUGAAUGAGAACGAUAAGCAUUUGGACUCCAGAGGGCAGUAUUCAACCCAAUUGACUGAUGGAGGAGAGUCAGAGUCCAGUCAAACUGUUGAUAUUUUAGAGAAAUGGGGUCAAACUUCUGGACCCGGUGGCAAUAUAUCUGCACAGUUUAAGUGUGUGAUGAAUGACAAACUGUGCAUAUUAAAGGUUGAUAAUUCAAAAACGUUUCAGCAAGAAAACAAUGAUGCUGUUGAGCAUGUGGAGGAGACACUUUCACCAUCCCCACACCUUCUCCUCCCCAUCCACCACUGGGAUGUGCCCCUCCCUGGAGAGGGUAGGUUUGCACAGCAGCUCCUGAUGCAGCUCCAGGCAAAUCCUUCAAGGAGCAAAGAAAGUCUUCCAGGAAGCCAGGAAACUGGUCACCACCCUUCAAAAGGAGGGCAUGGAGAUGUAGGCUUACCCCAAGAUGCAGGGUAUCAACCAGAUAAGGAUGUCUUCCGGUGUCUCAUCUACUCAUCGGUCAAACUGACCCUUGAAGAGCUGUUCAGAUGGGGGAUAAUGAACGCUGAGGAGGAGCCGACGCCCUGUACAGACACCGGUAUAACUCGCAUCCUCCUCCAGCUGCUCCUAGCUGUGGAGCACCUGCAUCGGGAAGGCGUGGUCCAUGGUAACAUCCAUCCCGGGUGUGUCUAUGUGACAGAAGAUAUGAGGGUGGUCCUAGGGGGUCUGGAGAAGGCGAGACGGUUGGAUAAGAGGGGUGGAAAUACACCCCUUCCUGAAAUGGCUUCUAAUAUACCAGAGGUCACUGCAGGUCAAAGUUCAGAUGAAAGUGGAGACACCUUUGCCAUAGCAGCCACACUAGUCAAGCUCCUUAGGUCACAGGGAGGCUCUGCUGAACUUAGCAACCAACAAGUCACUACCCCUCCAGACUGGUUAUCAAGGAAUCUACAUAACUUGCUCACAGAGAUGCUGUGCAGUGAUCCUGAGAACAGGCCACCAGUCAAGUCUGCUCUGUUAAGAGCGGCGGCCAUGUUGUACGGGCCUGAACCAGAUGAGGUCAAGAGUGAAGUAGACUGUGAGGAAUGGCUGAUAUCCCAAGCUCUCCGUCUCAUCAUUACUGCUCCCCGGGACCAAUCCUCCUUAUCUCCUACAGGGGAGCAGGACCUUGGUGAUUCUAUCUCCAGAUUGGACUGGGGGCUGAGCAGAGACUUCAUCAUGUCCGUCACACCAGAACAAGUCUGGCAACUGUGUCAGCAACACACCAAGACCUGAUUGCAACACCAGGACCAAGACCAAGACCUGAUUGCAACACCAGGACCAAGACCAAGACCUGAUCGCUACACCACUCCCUCAGAAACAAAAAAGAGCCGCCCUCUGCUGCUCUGAGAUGCUGGAUACUACUGAAAGGAGUGGUGAUGAAGAACGAUACCAAGAGAUGCAUACAAAGAUAUCUAUCUUUACUUUCCCUCAGCAACAAAAAAGAGUUGCUCUAUGCUGCUCCGAGAUCCUGGAUACUAAUGGUGAUGAAGAACGAUAUCAAUUAGAGAUGGAUUCAAAGUUAUCUAUCUUUGGUGUUGUGUUUCAUCGGCAUUGUCGGCAAAUCUGUAGGGCCAUCCUGCACAGACGCAAUGGCCUCCGCCAACUCCAGUGUUGCGCCCUCUAUUGUUUCGUUUCUUGGAUGAGAGUAUGACGGGGAACGCGGUACAGAGGAUAGUUGAUAGAGGAUA